AAAAAUAAUAGUUUUUUUCUUUUUACAUACCUAAUUAAAGUACAUUCUUAUAAUAUUGUUCUAGAUAUCUACUAUAGAAUUACAUAGUUUUCACUUAUCAUCAUUUAACGAUUCGAAACGAUUUUUAAACCGAAUAAUCUCAUAUCAUAUGUGUCAUCUAUUUUAUAUGUGACACGCUAGAAAAGAGGAAAAAAAGUACAAUCACUCAUUGCUCAACAUUAUUAUAUUACUGCGAGUUUUGUAUCAGGCUGAAUGAAGUAAAACCAAUAUGUUAGAAUUAGUUGUGCUUUCAUAACACUAUUGUUUUAUUAUCAUAUGUGAGCAUAUUAUAUUUUAAAUGUUAUCAAUAAAACGCCUUCCGACAUUAUCGGCAUUAAAAGUUCAUUCAAAAAUACAAUUUAAGCCUAAAAAUGGAGUUGUUGAGAUGGAAAUCAAUAAACACUGCUCUUCAAAUUUUUUUAAUUUGUGUAAAUCAUUGUCAGUGCUGCACAAAAUAACAAACAAAUACAGACACACACAUCUAAAACAGCUGAAUGCAGAAUUAAAAGCAGCAUCAUCUUUACUAAGAAGAUCUAAUCUGCCCGGGCUAAACACAAUCAUCAAUAACAGAAAUGUUAGAUAUUUUCAAACAAGCUCUUGCAAUAAUAAUCAGGAAAAUGAUAAAGAUAAGGAUAAGAAAAAGAAAGAAAAUGAAAAUGCUAAUAUACCAUCGCUUGUAAUGAAAGCAGUAUUUUGGAUGUUAACAACAUUCACACUUAUAAUUCUAAGUUCAUUCCUUGUGCCUGGAGAUAAUACACAAAAUGAGCUCAUACGAUACGUGUCAUGGAACGAGUUUGUUUAUUCAAUGUUAUCGAAAGGUGAAGUUGAAGAAAUAAUAGUUCGACCAGACUUAGAAAUUGUUACCAUUAUCCUAUAUGAAGGCGCAGUUAUUAAAGGAAAGAGGACAACACACCGGGUCUAUCACAUGAAUGUGGGUAACAUACACCGCUUCGAAGAAAAAUUGCGUGAGACUGAAACGAGUAUUGGCGUUAAAGAAGGAGUUCGCGUAAUUUACGAUAGAAACGGCAGCGUUGCUGGUAAAAUCUUCACGACACUGCUAAUCGCGGCUGUCAUAUUAUCAUUCUUGUAUUCUACGAAGACAAUGAAGAUGAAUAUUAAUAUAGGCGGAUUUAGCCAGUUGAGACGUGCGAAGUUUACUCUUGUGGACUCAAUGAGUGGGCAGGGCAAAGGUGUGAAAUUUGAAGAUGUAGCGGGUCUAAAGGAAGCUAAGGUUGAGGUUAUGGAGUUUGUGGACUAUCUAAAGCGACCUGAGCAUUACAAGAAUCUUGGGGCCAAGGUACCAAGAGGAGCUCUACUACUCGGUCCGCCGGGCUGCGGUAAGACAUUGCUGGCUAAGGCAGUGGCUACUGAAUCUAAUGUUCCAUUCCUCUCUAUGAAUGGCUCAGAAUUCAUCGAAAUGAUUGGUGGACUUGGAGCAGCCAGAGUCAGGGACUUAUUCAAAGAGGCGAGUACCCGUGCCCCUUGUAUCAUCUACAUCGACGAGAUGGAUGCAGUUGGCAGAGCUCGAUCAACCGGCGCUUCGUCUUUUGGCCCGGGCGGAGGGGAGGGAGAACAGACCCUUAAUCAACUCCUGGUGGAGAUGGAUGGUAUGAAGAGCCGCGAGGGAGUCGUCGUGUUGGCUUCUACGAACCGUGCCGAUGUUCUUGAUAAGGCCUUGCUUCGUCCCGGCCGUUUCGACAGGCACAUACUCAUCGACCUGCCGACUCUACAAGAACGAGAGGAAAUAUUCGACAGGCAUCUCAAGAACAUCGUUUUGGAGAAGUUACCACCGCACUAUGUUAAACGUCUCGCCUAUUUGACACCUGGCUUCAGUGGUGCGGAUAUAGCGAACGUAUGCAACGAAGCGGCGCUACAUGCGGCGAGACUCAAACAGAAUAUUGUCAAGGCAGCCGACCUGGAAUACGCCGUCGAAAGAGUUGUCGGUGGUACAGAAAAACGUAGCCACGCGAUGUCACCAGGAGAGAAGAAGAUAGUUGCAUACCACGAAUCCGGUCACGCUCUGGUCGGAUGGCUUCUAGAACACACGGACGCGCUGCUGAAGGUUACGAUUGUACCUCGGACUAAUAAAGCUCUCGGGUUCGCUCAGUACACGACCUCAGAUCAAAAGUUGUACUCGAAGGAAGAACUCUUUGACCGCAUGUGCAUGGCGCUGGGAGGGCGAGCCGCAGAAGCAAUCACCUUCAACUCGAUAACUACGGGCGCGCAGAAUGACCUAGAGAAAGUCACAAAGAUCGCAUAUGCCCAGGUGCGAGUCUUCGGCAUGUCUCCGAUCGUCGGUUUGGUUUCGUUUCCGGAUCAGAAGGAUCGCGGGAAGAGUCCCUUUAGCAGAUCUCUGAAAAAUCUUAUCGAUAUGGAGUCGAAGAAACUAAUCGCGAAAGCUUAUUAUAGAACCGAAGAAGUACUGAGGCAAAACCAGGACAAACUUAAAAUGCUUGCUGAAGAGUUGAUAAAGAAAGAGACCCUUAACUUCAAAGAUGUUGAACGUAUUCUGGGUCCUCCACCCUUUCCGAGGAAAAAAUUCAUCGAUCCCGUUGAAUUCGAGAAUAACUUGAGAAGUAUGGAAAAUUCAAACGCUGAGGACAGUGGACCCGCUGGAGCACCUUCAGCGAAACCAGACCCGCAGCCCGGAUUGUAGAUUUAUAUUAUUGUUUUGUAAGAACACUAAUCUUAUAUCGAAUAUAGAAUGAGACGCUAUUAAGGUUUUUCAGUUCUUUGCUUGAUUGUCAUUUGUUUUAAAAGUAAAUUCUGAUAAUGUUGCUUACAUUACUGCGGCAAUUAAAAAAUAUGCUUAAAGCUUUUGAUUUUUUACCACAAGCCGACAGCAUUUUUGAUUUCAUUGUAUUUAAAUAAUAUUGUUUUGUAAAGUUAAUAUUUGGAAUAUAUAGUUGUUGAAUUUAGUUGAAAUAAAUGGUUGAAAUUUAAU